ACCCUGUCUUUUUAAAUAGAAUCUGCCUGACUUCCACUUUUGGUGCUGGAGAACUCAGAAGGUGGCUCAGCCCUCUGGUCCACACUCGGUGGGCAGCUCGGAUGCCCCAGGCAGCCCGGGCACAGUGAGCUUAGUCCCUUUUACCCCCUCCGCAGAGUGCUGGGGCAUCCGCACAGUCACUCCUGGACACAAGAUAAGGAGGAGUUUCCCCGAGGCAUCACAGGGCUUCCCGGGACUGACUCAACUGGUUAUUGGACAGUGCCCCACCCCCAAUCCGGCUGAGGGGCAGGAAGGCAGAAGGUCUUGGUGGCCCUGGAUCUUGUGGCUGCAAUCGGUUCCAAACAGCAGUCAGGUCAGCAGUCCGCUCAGCCGAGGCAGCUCUGUUCAUGGCGUUCUCCAAGCUCUUGGAGCAAGCCGGAGGCGUGGGCCUCUUCCAGACCCUGCAGGUGCUCACCUUCAUCCUCCCCUGCCUCAUGAUACCUUCCCAGAUGCUCCUGGAGAACUUCUCAGCCGCCAUCCCAGGCCACCGAUGCUGGACACACAUGCUGGACAAUGGCUCUGCGGUUCCCACAAACAUGACCCCCAAGGCCCUUCUGACCAUCUCCAUCCCGCCAGGCCCCAACCAGGGGCCCCACCAGUGCCGCCGCUUCCGCCAGCCACAGUGGCAGCUCUUGGACCCCAAUGCCACGGCCACCAGCUGGAGCGAAGCUGACACGGAGCCGUGUGUGGACGGCUGGGUCUAUGACCGCAGCGUCUUCACCUCCACCAUCGUGGCCAAGUGGGACCUGGUGUGCAGCUCCCAGGGCUUGAAGCCCCUAAGCCAGUCCAUCUUCAUGUCCGGGAUCCUGGUGGGCUCCUUUAUCUGGGGCCUCCUCUCCUACCGGUUUGGGAGGAAGCCGAUGCUGAGCUGGUGCUGCCUGCAGUUGGCCGUGGCGGGCACCAGCACCAUCUUCGCCCCAACAUUCGUCAUCUACUGCGGCCUGCGGUUCGUGGCCGCUUUUGGGAUGGCCGGCAUCUUUCUGAGUUCACUGACACUGAUGGUGGAGUGGACCACGACCAGCAGGAGGGCGGUCACCAUGACGGUGGUGGGAUGUGCCUUCAGCGCAGGCCAGGCGGCGCUGGGCGGCCUGGCCUUUGCCCUGCGGGACUGGAGGACUCUCCAGCUGGCAGCAUCAGUGCCCUUCUUUGCCAUCUCCCUGAUAUCCUGGUGGCUGCCAGAAUCCGCCCGGUGGCUGAUUAUUAAGGGCAAACCAGACCAAGCACUUCAGGAGCUCAGAAAGGUGGCCAGGAUAAAUGGCCACAAGGAGGCCAAGAACCUGACCAUAGAGGUGCUGAUGUCCAGCGUGAAGGAGGAGGUGGCCUCUGCAAAGGAGCCGCGGUCGGUGCUGGACCUGUUCUGCAUGCCCGUGCUCCGCUGGAGGAGCUGCGCCAUGCUGGUGGUGAAUUUCUCUCUAUUGAUCUCCUACUACGGGCUGGUCUUCGACCUGCAGAGCCUGGGCCGUGACAUCUUCCUCCUCCAGGCCCUCUUCGGGGCCGUGGACUUCCUGGGCCGGGCCACCACUGCCCUCUUGCUCAGUUUCCUUGGCCGCCGCACUAUCCAGGCGGGUUCCCAGGCCAUGGCCGGCCUCGCCAUUCUAGCCAACAUGCUGGUGCCGCAAGAUUUGCAGACCCUGCGUGUGGUCUUUGCUGUGCUGGGAAAGGGAUGUUUUGGGAUAAGCCUAACCUGCCUCACCAUCUACAAGGCUGAACUCUUUCCAACGCCAGUGCGGAUGACAGCAGAUGGCAUUCUGCAUACAGUGGGCCGGCUGGGGGCUAUGAUGGGUCCCCUGAUCCUGAUGAGCCGCCAAGCCCUGCCCCUGCUGCCUCCUCUCCUCUAUGGCGUUAUCUCCAUUGCUUCCAGCCUGGUUGUGCUGUUCUUCCUCCCGGAGACCCAGGGACUUCCGCUCCCUGACACUAUCCAGGACCUGGAGAGCCAGAAAUCAACAGCAGCCCAGGGCAACCGGCAAGAGGCCGUCACUGUGGAAAGUACCUCGCUCUAGAAAUUGUGCCUGCAUGGAGCCCCUUUAGUCAAAGACUCCUGGAAAGGAGUUGCCUCUUCUCCAAUCAGAGCGUGGAGGCGAGCUGGGCGACCUCAAGGGCCUGGCAUGGCAGAGGCCAGGCAGCCGUGGCCGAGUGGACAGCGUGACCGUCUGCUGUGGCUGAAGCAGCUUCCACAGCUCACUCCUCUUCUCCCUGCCCUGAUCAGAUUCCCCACCUUACCCGGGCCCUACAGGAGCCUGUGCAGAUGGCCAUGCCCAACCAAUAACGAGACGGUUCCCCUCCCUUUCCCUGCAAGGCUCAUGUCUUUACACCUUCACUCAGCCACGCCAACCAGAGACUGGGUUCCAAUCUCACCCCACCACAUACAGAGCCCUCAUCUGUGAAAUGAGAAUGAUCACGUGACCCACCCCCCAGGGCAGGUAUCAGGGUGAACUGAUCUUAGCACCGGCCAAAUAAAUGGAACCUGCUGAGAGAGCUGCCAGA